GUUCAACCAUGGAACCUCGUUAACAAGACCUGCAAUCAAGUCAGUCCGAUGUUGUUUGCUGUGUUUCUUCUGCUAGUUUCAAUGGAGGUUAUCGAGUCACGGCUCCUGGUUCAGACACUGCCAGGCUUCGUUGGUGAUCUUCCUUUCACACUAGAAACUGGACAACAAUUUGCUUUAAGUUAUAUUGGGGUAGGAGAAUCCGAUGAUGUGCAGUUCUUUUACUACUUCAUUGAGUCCGAAGGGAACCCGAAAGACGACCCGCUCAUUCUUUGGCUUACUGGAGGCCCUGGUUGUUCAGCUCUUUCUGGCCUGCUGUAUGAAAUAGGCCCGCUCACUAUUAACUACCAAAAUUCUACGUUGGAGAAGGCAGUACUUGAAAUAAAACCUCAUAGUUGGACAAAGGUGGCCAACAUAAUAUUUGUUGAUCAGCCUGCUGGAUCUGGAUUCUCCUAUGCAAGAACUCCCGAGGGUUACAAAGCGAACGAUACUUCAUCAGCAAUGCAGACUUAUCAAUUUCUGAGGAAGUGGCUUGUGGAUCAUCCUAAAUUUCUCAAGAAUCCAUUUUAUCUUGGUGGUGAUUCUUACAGUGGCAUAGUGCUGCCAAUUGUCGUCGACGAAAUCUAUAACGGUAUUGGAAUUGGAGAAUGGCCACAAAUCAACAUCAAAGGAUACGUGCUCGGUAAUCCUUCCACAGAUACACGUAGCGAAUCUAAUUCGAGAAUACCGUUUGCUCAUCGAAUGGCACUCUUAUCGGAUGCAAUCUACAAGUCAGCUAAAGAAAAUUGCCAUGGAGAGUACUUGAACGUAGAUCCCAACAACAUUCUAUGCAUACGUGAUCUUGAGGUGGUAGAAAAGUGCCUUGAAAGAAUUUACAAGGGCCAUAUUUUAGAGCCUUCUUGUGAAAAACCUUCGAAACCCUUCAAAUCUAAUACGUUACGAAGGAGCAUGCGAUCUCUUGACACGACCUCUGUGGAUGCUCGGCCUUUACCUCAAUUUCAGACGCAUUGGUGUCGAGAGGGAUCCUAUAUAUACUCCUCCACUUGGGCGAACAGCAGAGAUGUGCGCGAAGCUCUUCACAUUCGUGAGGAAUUUAACGAUAUUGAGUGGGUACGAUGCAAUAAAACCUUUCGUCGUCAUGUUCCCACAGAACGCAUAGUUUACACACACAAUGUCCCAAGUGUCGUUGGCUAUCAUCGACGCCUUGCUGAUAAAAAUUGUCGAGCUCUUGUAUAUAGUGGAGAUCAUGAUAUGGUGGUUCCGUAUAUCGAUACGCUGAACUGGAUUGAAUCGCUAAAUCUGUCGGUCGAAAGUGAUUGGACGCCUUGGUUUGUCAACAAACAAGUAGCCGGAUACACCAUGAAAUUCUCAAAAGAUGAGUACAGCUUGACAUAUGCUACAGUCAAGGGAGGAGGUCACACAGCUCCAGAGUACAAGCCUAAAGAGUGUUUAAGCAUGUUUACGAGGUGGCUUGCUUACGAUCCUUUGUAAAAGGGUCGAGUUUGAUGUUUUCUUGCUUACGUUGUAUGCACGUAUGCAUCCGUCCACUCGUAUGUAAUCGUGUAAUAAAUAACGGGCUACUAAUUAGUUAAGAAC